AGAAGAGUUUGAACAAGCACGGAAAUGUACUAGAAAAGGAUUUACAUAGGCUCAAUUCACUCUAUUCUCAACCGAAAAAAUCUGAAUAUUGCAAAUUGUGAGGUUAUUGAAUGUUGAAUGAUACAAGACUGAGCCCGUCAUUCAAAUACUGCAUAACUUUCAAAUCAAGGUGGUAAACGGUCGUACAAUGCAGGUCACACGGAAAAGUAUUAAUUUCGCCUUAAACGUAACCUCCAAAAAUGUGUUUCGUCAGUUCUCGGUGACACCAGUAGCUUCUGCAAGUCUAAAGGACAUAAUGGCAGAUUUAAUUCCUAAGGAACAAGCGAAAGUAGCAGCUUUCAGAAAAGAGUAUGGGUCCACAAAAGUUGGGGAUGUUACUGUUGAUAUGAUGUACGGUGGUAUGAGGGGUAUCAAAGGCUUGGUCACAGAGACUUCCGUAUUGGACAUCAAUGAAGGCAUUCGUUUUCGUGGCCUUUCAAUCCCGGACUGUCAGAAGCAGCUCCCCAAAGCUCCAGGGGGAGAAGAACCACUUCCUGAAGGCAUAUUCUUUCUAUUGCUCACAGGCCAAGUACCAACCAAAGCCCAAGUGGAUGGUAUUUCAAAGGAGUUAGCUAAUCGGGCUGAUCUACCAUCUCACGUUCUUAAUAUGCUCAACAACUUCCCCUCGUCACUACAUCCUAUGAGCCAAUUAGUUGCUGCAUGUGCAGCUCUCAAUUCAGAAUCAAAAUUUGCACGGGCGUAUUCCCAGGGAAUAAAAAAGAGUGUAUAUUGGGAGUACGUUUAUGAAGAUUCUAUGGAUUUGAUUGCCAAACUUCCUACUGUGGCUGCAAUUAUUUACCGAAAUUUAUAUCGGGAUGGAACAUCUGUUACUGCGAUAGACCCAAAUACAGAUUGGUCGCAUAACUUCUGUCGUAUGCUCGGUUAUGAAGACCCUGGUUUCACCGAAAUGAUGCGUCUUUAUCUCACUUUCCACUGUGAUCACGAGGGUGGUAAUGUCAGCGCACAUACUUGCCAUUUAGUAGGUAGUGCACUUUCUGACCCAUAUUUGAGCUUCUCGGCAUCUAUGUGUGGCUUGGCUGGGCCUUUGCAUGGAUUAGCCAAUCAAGAGGUAUUGGUUUUCUUAAACAAAAUGCAAGAGAAAGUUGGUAAGAAUCCAACAGAUGAUCAGGUCAAGCAAUAUGUGAUGGAUACACUGAAUGCUGGUCAGGUUAUUCCGGGUUAUGGACAUGCUGUACUUCGAAGAACCGACCCCAGGUUUACUUGUGCACAAGAAUUCUGUGAAAGACAUUUUCCAAAUGAUUCACUCUACAAACUGGUCUCUCAUUUGCAUAAAGUUGUGCCUCCAAUUUUGACAGGUCUUGGUAAGGUUCAAAAUCCAUGGCCAAAUGUUGAUGCACACAGUGGUGUUCUACUUCAACAUUAUGGUCUUACUGAAAUGCAGUACUAUACAGUUUUGUUCGGUGUAUCUCGAGCACUCGGCGUAUUGGCAUCGCUUGUUUGGGAUCGUGCAUUCGGUUUGCCUAUUGAACGACCAAAAUCCUUGUCUACAGAUGCUUUAAUAAAACUUGUAAAAGACAGUGCACGCAAACAGGCUUAAAUUAAUUUACAGCAAAAGAAAUUAACCACUUAGAUUAGACCAAUCAGUCUUGACGGCGGCCACCAUUGUCAGCUAAUCUGCGUGAACAUUCUAAAAGCCUUCAUUCAUAUCCUUCAUUUCCAGUCUUAAUCGAUAUCCAUUUGAGAAAACAAAAACAUAACAAAACAAAACAAAGAUGAUUAUUAUAACAUAAUCAUUGUAGAGCUAGUUGUGUGAAUUUAAGCAUUAGUUGUUAAAUAUUAUCUAUCAUCAUAUACCCUCUAUUGUUAUUAUCAUUAUUAUUAUUACGGUCGUGGUUUUGUUAUGUUUUUUUCCUAGUUCUCAGAAAAGCCUUGUCUUACUUAAUCCCCCUCCUUCCCUUCUCCCCCCCGCCCCUCCCUCUGUCUCACACACACACGAGGCGUGUUUAUAACUACUAUUACUACCAUGUUUGAUCUUAUUUCUGAAAUUCACUAUUUAUCACACUAGGAUUUUCCUUACAUUUACGUAGUACUCCAGACAGUAUAUAAUACAUUAUAAUAAAUGUUUGUGAAUAUAGAAUUCUUAGUUUUUCUUACUUUUUUAUUCCCGUUGUGUAUAUUUAAUCUAGGCUGUUUACAUUGUCUUAUUUCUAAAAAAUGUGGUGUUGAUGUGUUUUGUUGUGGUUGUUGUUGAGAUAAUUAAGUGGCUACUGUGUGUGUGUGUGCAUGUGUUUGACGAAGUUAGCCGAUUUGCUGAGAUCAUUCUUGUCUAUUAUUAACUACCACUGUAACAACAGAAGACUAUGGCUAGACAACAGAUCGUUUAUUAAAGAAAUCAACACAUAUUUAUAGAUUUUAAUGUACUUUAUGAUAGAUUAUUGUUAGCAGAAAAAUACAGUCUUCUGAUUAGUUGUUUCUCACAGAAAGCGAACCUUGCAUCUCUUGGUGGCUGUUUCUUAAAUGUCAGAUCAUCUAUAUGCUAACUGUAUCCGCCUACGCAAAGUCUGCUUUGGUUGGUUGUUGAAUCAGUCUUUGUUCUUAUUUAUCUUUUCUGUAGUUUGGUUUGUAAGGGUUAGUUAUGUUUGUACGAGUUGAUCACGGAUUGAUAUCAGUUAGAGAACCAUUGAAAACAAGCAGGGAGUACUGGACAGCUGCUUUUUCGUCUUAGUUUGGG